AUGGCGGAGCAAAAGUAUUCAAAGAAUCAGAUGGAGAAGGAUGGCGGUAAAUCCACGUCCCCUAGUCGAGGCUUACAUCCCCGUAGUUUUCGUGAAGCGGUUGCUUCCUCUUCUCAAUGGUUCUCGGAGGCAAAAAAGAUAGUGGAUAAUACUAUGGAAUGGAAUGACGGUGAGACUAUGAUGCCGAAAAAUGAGUUAUCUGUUCCGUUUAGUAAAUUAACGUUGGACAGAUUGAGAUCACCAUGGAAACUAUGUUUAAUGGGUAAGUGCAUGGGCAUUAAUGUUAGACCUAACUUCAUGGAGGCGAGGGUUCGAGCUAUGUGGCGAGUCAAAGGCUCUAUGGAAGUCAUAGAUUUAGGGAAAAACGUCUUCCUAUUUCGAUUUACUCAAACGGUUGAUUAUGAGCGUGCUUUGUUUUGGGGACCAUGGUUCAUUCUUGAUCAUUAUCUGAUGAUUACUACUUGGAAGCCGAAUUUUCGUCCAUCGAUUAAUCAAUUCGACACCAUGUCAGUUUGGAUUCGCAUCGAGGAGCUUCCAGUUGAAUAUUACGACAAAGAAGCGUUGUUCGCCAUAGCCAGGGUGGUUGGUAAGCCCAUUAGGGUUGACUACGCUACUGACAAGGUGGCUCGUGCUCAGUUUGCAAGAUGUGGAAUAAUUGGACACGACAAGCAGAAAUGUCGAAGUCAAAGUCCAACUUCUCAGAAAGGUGCUAUUGAGAAAGAUGGUCAGCAUAGCCCAAUCCAACUGGACAAGGGGAAAGCGGUGUUGGAAGGCCCACUAAUACCAAACCAAAAUAACAAUGACUUGGGUCACAGAAUUGUUGCUGACGUGGCGCCCUCUUGUAAUGGGCUACAGGAUAGCCCAACCUAG